UGGUUGUCGUUAUCUGUGAACGUCGUGACUGUCAAAGAUUGUUGGAAAUUCAAUUUAUUUGUUUUUGUUUGUUUCAAAGUAAUUUGUCUUCUCAUUUAAUUAGAAUAUCCAGUUGAUUGUAAAGCUAUGCACCAGGAUGGAUGCAAUGUUUGAUAUUUGCUACCUAGCUUCCGAGGGAAAUAACUGUGAACCCGAUGAUAUUCCCCAAACAAAGGAGAAUGUGUGGAUAUUGGGGAAAAAGUACAGCGCGAUUCAAGAUCUGGAUCGUAUACGUCGUGAUAUAACGUCAAUUAUCUGGUGCACUUAUCGGAAGGGUUUCGUGUCCAUUGGGGACGAGGGUCUGACCUCUGACAAGGGAUGGGGUUGCAUGCUGCGCUGCGGACAGAUGGUCCUCGGAGUGGCGCUGAUCAGAGUCCAUUUGUCUACUGAUUGGGUAUGGACUCCUGAAACUAGAGAUCCAACAUAUUUGAAGAUAAUUCAGAGGUUUGAAGAAAGGAAGCAGGCUCCGUAUUCUAUUCACCAAGUGGCCUUAAUGGGGGCCUGUGAGGGCAAAGAUGUUGGCCAGUGGUUUGGACCUAACACUAUAGCACAAGUUCUUAGGAAAUUAGUAGUUUUUGAUAAAUGGAGCUCUCUGGUGAUCCAUGUGGCAUUAGAUAACACAGUUGUUAAAGAAGACAUUUUACAACAAUGCACAGUGAAGAAUGACAGAGGAGACACUUCCACAUCCAGUGAUUCUGUGUUCAUCUCAGAUUGGAUGCCUUUACUGUUGAUAGUGCCUUUGAGACUAGGACUGAGUGAGAUAAACCCUAUUUACAUUGAAGGAUUGAAGAUUUGUUUCCAAUCUCCACAAUCGAUUGGUGUGAUUGGAGGAAAACCAAAUCAGGCUUUGUAUCUGGUGGGCUGCGUCGGAGAUGAAGUCAUUUACUUGGACCCACACACUACACAAAAGUCUGGCCUUAUUGAGAAUAAGCUGACGGAUGAACAGAAGGAAAUGGAUUGUUCCUAUCACUGCAAGUAUGCAUCGAGAAUACCGAUCCUGGCGAUGGACCCUUCAGUAGCUGUCUGCUUCCUCUGCCGCACCCGCUCCGACUUCGACGAGCUCUGCGCCGCGAUGCAGCAGCGGCUGAUGAAGGAGAGCCAGCCGCUGUUCGAGCUGUGCGACCAGCGGCCCGCGCACUGGCCGCCCGCCGCCGCCGCCGCCGGGCAGGACGACGCGGGGAACACUUCCAUAUUUACAGAGUUUGAGGAUGUGGACCGACAGUUUGAUGACUCCGACGACGAGUUUGAGAUUCUUUGAGGAAAACAAAGAAAUAAGUACCUUUAAGAUAUAUUUAGCGGUAUAGUAUGCAGAUACGUUACAAGGAAGCGGAUGUAUAAAGAUGCGCGCAAAAAUAUCGACCCCUUUUAUGCUUUACUAUAAACAAUUAUUCUUCAUGCGUUAAUUACGAUUAAUAACUUAAUUGAAAAAUUAUGGAAUUGAAAUUAAUUUCUGCUCUGAAGUCCAGAAAAAAUCAGGUUCUUUAAAUUUAUUUUGGUAGGUACUUGUUUAAUUUGCUGAUAUAAUUCGAAUAGGGUCGAUAUUUUUAUUAGUUGUCUGCUUGUUAAUUGCUGCUGAUAAUUAAUUGAGU